AUUAGAUAUUAAGUUUUAUAACGUUAAUUUUAUAGCGGUAAUUGUUGAUAUAAUUACAAGGGUGAUUUCCAAAAAAUUAAGCAAUUUUACUUACUGUCUAAAUUUUAAUCCUGUUUAAAAUAAUAUAAAAACUACGUCUACAUUCCUCUCGGCAUAUAAAUUGAAAAUGGGUUAAUCGCAUUCCUUUAUCAAUCGGGGGUGUUAUCGAGGCCACGAGGACGUUCUCUGCGCAGGUGCUCGCCGCGGCAUGCGAGACUUUUCGAUCGUUUUUUUCUCAGUUGUAAAAGACGUUUGUUAUUCCUUUCGAUGUGAGUUGCCGUCUCGGUGGAGACCGAGAUCGGAUCGAUCUUGACAAAAUAGGAAAAAAAAAAGUAGAAUAAAAAAUAACCGUGCGUGUGCGUUCGCAGCGUUUCGAUACGCAAUUGCAAAUUAAAAGUCAACAAACGAGUCAUCGGAAUAUUACGAAUGAGUCAAAGAGGCACUAAUUGUUUUAUUAUCGAUCACGUCCAUUCGCUGGCAUACGUAUAGUCGCGAUAUAUCGAUGUGGAUGUCAAACAUGGUGCAAAAGUCGGACAACGGAAAUGACGCCGUCGGCGACGGCCUCCGCGUGCAUGCGAGUUCGAUUGGCGACGAGUCGUUCGCCACGACCUUGACGCAUUAGAAGACGACCGUUGCGGGUGCAUCGGACGCAAGCGAAAUGCCGUUGUUCGGACGGAAAAUGGGUGGCGGGGGCAGCGGGGGUUCCGAGCACACCGGUCGUAAUUUGCAGGAUGGCCUGUUCCAAAUCGCAUCGCAGGCCUGUCACAUCCUGGUGCAAGUGAACAAUACGCACAACGUUUCUUACGGGGGUAGCAAUAAUGUGAACAACAUCGCGUAUUCAAAGUAUUCCACGGCCGGCGGCUCCACCGCUCCGACGACGUCGUCAUCGACGAAAAGGGCGACCGCUGCCAAAGCGUAUCCGAAGUACGCGGAGCCUCGGGAUAAGGACCAGGAUGUGCUGGUGUUGUUACCGCAUCGCAAGAACAGAACACCGCGCCUCAAGCACAAAUUGUCGACCGUGUCUGAAAACGCACGGCUGGACGUGAACUCUCCGGGAGGUGACGACGAUCUUGAGUUAUGGGACCAGUCCGGAUUUAUGCUGAGAAGCGACAUGGACGAUCCUCUCACGAAUGCAAAGUACAGGUGGGGCGCUCAGAGUUGGUGCAGACCCAGUUGUAUACCGAUAACGAUCAUACUGAUUUUAAUUGUUCUGGUCGUACUCUUGCCGCUGUUAGAUCAUGCGACGGACAAGCUAAAUGUCACCAUGAUAGAUUCAGAAAUGAUGUGCAUGGAUCAUUGUAGUAUAUCCCUCGUGGAAACUAUACCCGUGGGCUUGAAUUAUAGCAAUAAUACGGCGCGGCACGAAACAAUCUACGAGUCUUGGAUAGAUCUUAUUGAAAUGGCACAAGACACAAUUGAAAUCGCAUCGUUAUAUUGGACAAUGAAAGGGGAAGAUGUAGUUCCCGAUAGCAGUGCUAAGAAUGGGGAAGAAGUGUUCGAGUCGUUGUUAAAAGCCGGAAGAGAUAGACACAUUACGCUAAAAAUUGCACAGAAUCUUCCUUCGCGCUUGUCUCCAAAUGUCGAUACGCAAAUUUUGGCUAAAAAGGCUAAUGCACAGGUGAGAAACUUAAAUUUCGCUGCGUUGUUGAACGGUGGUGUACUCCACACAAAAUUGUGGCUCAUCGAUCGUACUCACGUAUAUGUAGGCUCAGCGAAUAUGGAUUGGAGAUCUCUUUCGCAAGUGAAGGAACUCGGUUUGAUAGUCUUAAAUUGUUCCUGCUUAGCGAACGAUUACGCCAAAAUAUUCGAUGUAUAUUGGAAGUUAAGCGAAGAUGGUAAAGUGCCUUCCACAUGGCCAGAUUCCCUUAGCACAAAAAUAAAUAUAAAUAAUCCUUUGAAUUUUACAUAUAUGGAUAAUAAGUACAAAUUAUUUAUUGCGAGUUCACCUCCGCCAUUUUCACCGAAAGGUAGAAGCAACGACCUAGAUGCGAUUGUGCAUUGUAUUGCUAAGGCGGAAAAGUUUAUUUAUAUCUCUGUGAUGGAUUAUUUCCCAUUAACUAUAUAUACUGCACAAAUAAAAUAUUGGCCUAUAAUAGACAAUGCUCUGAGGGCGGCGGCGAUCGAGCGUAAAGUAGAAGUGCGUCUUUUGAUCUCUUUGUGGAAACAUUCGAGACCGUCCGAAUCAUACUUUCUUAAAUCACUGCAAGACUUGACGCACAGUUAUCCUAACGUUAAAAUCGAAGUGAAAAGGUUUAUUGUACCGACUAAUUCAAUCUUGGACAAAAUACCAUAUGCGAGAGUAAAUCAUAAUAAAUACAUGGUCACCGAUAUAACAGCUUAUAUUGGAACAAGUAAUUGGUCGGGUGAUUACUUUAUUGACACGGCUGGUAUCGGUACCGUGUUUGAAAGUGUUGGAAAUGAGAAUAAUGACAAUAUAAGACAACAGCUGGAAAAUAUCUUCCAUCGUGAUUGGAAUUCUAAAUAUUCUGUUCCGCUAAACAUGAGCGAUAAUCGUUCUGAUAACUUGUGGGAUCGUUUCUUAAAAAAUUCAUAUCAACAUUCGUCAUAUGAACCAUAUAGACAUAAAUAAUUAUGAUAAUCGCGGAUAUAAUGAUCAUUUUUAAUUAUGAAAUAUUUAUCGUUUGAUCGAGAAGAGCAUAUGUUUUCAUUUUCAAUGGAAAAUAUUUUGUUACGUGUUCCU